ACGGGGAAGGUGGUGACUGCCGGUUGUGGAGGAGAAUGGAGCGCACAGGCAGAAGCCGACAACCCGGGCCGGCAGGGGCCAGAAAACAGUUUUUGGAUCUGCCCUGGGAGGAUGUCCUCUUUCCCCAUGUUCUGUCAUAUCUACCUCUGAAGCAACUCUUGAGCCUGCAGAGGGUCAGCAAGGCAUUCCAGACUCUAAUCCAGCUUUACCUCACCAACAUGCGCUGUUUUGAUUCUAGCCAGGUUGGACCUCACUUUCCAAGAGGUGCAUUCUGUAUUCUACUAAAAGACAAUGAGGUGCUGCAGCAACUGGCCUUACGGAAUUGCUCUGAUUGGCUCUCUGACAAGGACUUGCUGCCUGUGAUUGGUCAAAACCACCUUUUGCAGCAAAUUGAGUUGAAUAGCUGUGUACAACUCAGCCGGCAUGCACUGGUUGCCAUCUCUCUGAGCUGCCCCAAUUUACGCCAGCUUUCUCUAGCCCAUUGUGAGUGGGUGGAUAGUCUCUCCCUGCGGAGUCUUGCUGACCACUGCAAGGAGCUUGAAUCUCUGGACCUUACGGCCUGCCGGCAGCUGAAAGAUGAAGCCAUCUGCUACCUUGCACAGAAGUGCAACAGGCUGAAGUCCCUCUCACUGGCAGUCAAUGCAAAUGUCGGUGACACAGCAGUAGAAGAGAUUGCCAAAGCCUGUCCUGAGCUGGAGCACCUGGACCUCACGGGCUGCCUGCGGGUCAAGAACAAUUCCAUUAGGACCUUGGCAGAGUAUUGCCCCAAGCUCCGUGCUUUGAAGGUGAAGCAUUGUCACGAUGUGGUGGAAUCCAGCCUAAGCAUCCUGCGUAGUCGUGGUGUGGCGCUGGAUGUGGAACCUCCGCUGCAACGUGCCCUGGUUCUUUUGCAGGAUGUGGGGUUUGCCCCAUUUAUCAAUCUCCAGAACUAAUGAAAGAAAGACACUGCAGUGCUCCUUGGAGAGUGCCUUUCAGAUACGGCUAUUGAGAAGUCCCAUCGUUGCAAGUUAGGCCUCUCCUGAGCUCCUGAUAUCCUUUUUGGCAGCCUGUGUGUGCACUGGAACAAGCACAUUUGCAUUAGGAUGGACCAUAUAUGACUUAGCUGCAUCAUGAUGGCUGACUGGUGUGAUUAAGGGCCUUCUAGAAAUGGAUUGGGCUUGUUACUGUGAAGUGGCUGCCAAUCCCAAGUAGUUACAACUGCCUUUUCAUAUCUAUCUCCACAGAUAAAUGAAAAUCGGGUUGGUAAAAGUUAUAAAGAAUCUAAUCUGAGGCACAGCUCACUGGAGAUUGAGAGUAGAUGACAUUAAUACCACUAGCAAAGUCUUGCCCCACCCUCCUUAAGAGUUGAAGAGAACCUUUCUUUUUUGAGGUUUGCAAUGGUCCAUUGUGCAUGUAAAGGCUGCAGAGUAGAAGUUUUCUGGUGCCAGAGUGAUAAGAAGAGCUGCAUCCCCCCAUUGUCCUCCUGCUUUUAAAGACAAAGGUGAUGCACACCUGUGUGUGUAUGUUUAAAGGAGAACUACACAGACUUUCACGUACGCCUUUUCUUUCUCACAACUAUAAGGGAGAAUGGAGCGUGAGAAUGAAAUUACUAGAGUCAGUUUUACGCAAAGGCUUGAGAAGUAGCUUUUGUGCUCUUUUGUGCUCCAAAAGCAGACCUUUUGGGUUAUACGUGAAGUGUGGACGGAAUCCAACAGAGGGCUUAUGUCCCUGCCAAUUCUCUUGUGCCCUGCAGAAUCUGUUGUCCAAGUGGGUCCUGCUGAUUCCAUUGUGUAAACAGGACCCACCAUUUUGCACAAGAGAGAUUUAGUGCUUCCCAGAAGUCCUGGAAUGAGUGGAAAUGCUUGUUUGGGAUAGGUUGGAGAUCUCUGCUGACCUGACUUGUUCCUGAAACAAGCACUUUCACUUGUUUCCAGUUGCCCUAGAGGCGCUAAAUCUUCAUUCCACAAGUGGGGCUUCUCCAUUAGAUUCUUCCCCGUUAGGUCUAAAUGCCUCGAUAGAUUCUGCCCUCAGUCUCCAAGAUUAAUGUGGAAAAGAAAAGUACCUUGUGGUUAUCAAGAUUUUUUAGAAUACUAGACUGCAUCUACAAGACUAGUUCCAAAAAGACUACUGUGACUAAUUGGGUAUAGUUAGGUCAUUUAUUUGGGGAGGUAGCGUCUUUUCCUCUUGUAUAGUGGAGGCUCCAGCAGCUCAGGAUGUGGAGCUGAACUCUCAUAUAACCUUUGGGAGGGUAAAUCCCAGUGCAGGACACUUACUCUUUUAUAGGUCACCAUAAAAAGAAAAAGAGGAAUUUCCCCUUCCAGGUAACUUGCAAUAUGUAGAGUUCUCUUGCUUUGAAGUUACUUGCUCAGUAGAUACCAUUCUGGAAGGGGUAUGUUUGUGAUCUGGAGAACAAUUACAUAGGUUGACUUUCCCAUGGACUAGAUGGAUUUUGUUCCCUAACUCCGUGCUUUUCAGGGAUGGGACUGCUUCUAUUCAGCCCCUAAAAUGCUGUGAUCUGAAAGUUGGUUUUUGUGUUCAUGGAGCUGCAGUUCAUUGAAUCAGUAGGGAGCAAACUGCUUGUUUCUUCGAGUGUCCCAAGGAUUUCUCAGCGACUGACUGUAUAUCUGGAAAGCUUUAAUAGAGCACUGGCUCAUCUUGGUUCUUGAAGGAGCUCUUGCUGACAUAUUCAAACAACCUUGCAAAAUCCUGCACGUACAUAGAAUAGAAUGCCCUGAUGAAGCUAGCACCUGCUCUGUUAGUGGAAAUGAACACACUCUUCAUGAAAUGGGGCUUUGAUUCCUGUCAAUGGUAGCAAAACACUAGAGUUGUGAGCUAAGACAAUACAACCUUUUAUGCUGCUGCCCUUACCUCCACCUAGUAAAUUUCUCUGGUACGAUUUGCCAACUUCUGCUGACAAGAUUUCUCCAGGUUACACACAUACAGUUUGUAUGUUUUCCAGGCCUGAGGCUAUGGUAGAUAAUGGUUCAGAGGACUGAGGAUGGAUGAUACCUUUCCUAACUUUUCUUAUUUCAGCAAUCUGCUUGCACGGGUUUGUGCUACCUACCUACCACCAUUGUGGGUGCUGACCUGUAUGUUUUCUGAUCUUCACUAUUCACAAUCACAUAUCUGAAACACAAACAGUACAUGACAAAAGUGCUUGUGAGGCUUCCUUCUGAGGUUGGCCUUCCUAAGAAAAUGCAAAUCAAUUGCUGAUGGGCAUGGCCUCCGUUGUCCCAAAUGUUCAGAAACCGAAGUACCAACCUACAGUGAAUGGGGAACCUGUAUAACUUCCAACCACCUAAUUUCAGUAUGCUUCACAACCAGUACAACACAGGAGUUUCUCCUGCAUUCCUGAGUGGUGGUUGUCAAGGGGUAGCUCUGUCACUGUAAGAUCAUCUGUUAAUUAUCUUAAGCACCCUGCUCAUUCCCUUCUUAUUUGGACCUCCUUUUGCAAGAUAAAGUGUUGCUAAGAUUUUGAAAAAAAUCCAGAUUAGUUGUGGUAUUAAUCUGUGAAAGCUUGUGCCACUAUAAAUCUGUUAAUAUUUAAGGUGACAUUCUUUUUUGUAGUUAUUUUUGAGAAGUGUAGAGAACCCACUUAGUUCCU